AUGGCGACUGUCCUCGUCCAGCAGCAUACGCUGCACCAUUCGACCCCUCCCCCAUCUCCUAUUCCAUCGGCACUGAAUGUGAACCGACGGCCGAGCCCAAUCCCCAAUAAACACAUCCCAGUGUGUCCCACGGGGCCAUCCACCGCCGACAGCGCCCCGGUUGAGUCUCCUCCUAUACCGAGAAGCUUCCCCGAACAGCCUUCGUCUCUCUUACAUCCACCAGACUCUUUCGUGCGCAUCUCCCGCCUACCAUCUCCCACAGUAUAUGCUAUCGAUGGAGAGAGCUUGGCUGCUGCGCUGGAUCAUGCAGCAUCGCAGCCUCUGUCGGACCCUGCUCAAAUGUUCCCUUGGCUGCAUGGGCUUCACCCCGACAACCACUUGCAGCUGGGAUUCUUUUCAAGCCGUAAGCGGGCUUCGCGCCGGACACCAAAAUGCUGGCGAGGUAUCACUGUGGUCAAGCUUGGCGGCGAUCUGAGCAGAUCACGCAUCAAGGGUGCCGUCUGCGCAAGCGAAGUGAUAUCUCCUUCAUCACGGUUCUUGAUGGCAGAUCCACCAGAUGGGUUCUCGGUGCGUAACUUCCAGAUCCAGACCGCCAAGCUGGCUGCUAUGUCGGAUAUUGUGGUGUACGCAGAAGACGGAUCCAGCAAAUCCGAGCUCCUUGCACUGGCGGAGGAUUUUACUUUGGCGCAACAAGCAUGGCGGAUGAAGCAUGAUGCUCUCCACGAACGACCAACAUACAACACCUUUGUUGUCACCAGUACCUUUGCCGACUUCGAGAAGAAACACCCCAAUCUGGUAGCCAUUGACGCGAAGGGCAAUCCUACUGGCCAGGUGAUGGACUUCUUCCAAUGGGAGCGGUCAGAGAUGUGCGGCAUGUCUCGGGCUUCGGAAAUAUCAGCCAAUGUCUGGUUGGGGCCAACGCCGGACUAUUUGCUCAGGCCCGGCGUGUGCGAACCAACAAAGGAAGACGAGUAUGAUCUUUUGAUCGAAGCCAGCGACCUCGCCAGUAUUCCAGGACCACGUUUCUUAGGUAUGGUCGAUAAGCAGCUCGAAGAGGGCCCGCAGCGGAUGGAGUUCCCAUCAUCUGGGUCUAUUGUCCUUCCCUCCGGCAACACCCGCGAAGUGGAAGACCUCGUCAACACCAUCCGAUGGAUAUACUACCUUGCCAAUCCGGAUGAGCCUGCGGAGGCGCCAGACCAUGACGCUGAUUCUGUCAUGGCUAAUACGGAACCUAGGAGAAAGCCUCGCAAGGUAUUCAUUCAUUGUGCAGAUGGAUAUACUGAGAGCUCUCUUCUUGCCGUUGCAUACUUCAUGUUUGCUGAAGGAGUUCCGGCCCACGAGGCCUGGCUUAGAUUACACUGCGAAAAGAAGCGCAACUUCUUCACAUAUCCGACAGAUGUCGCCUUCCUCAGCCAUAUCCAGCCUCGCCUGCUUCAGGAAAGUCCGGUAUCCCAUUCGAUCGAUACAUCGAGCAUAUGGGACCCACAGUGGUUUUUGAAGAUGGACGGCUCUCUGCCCAGUCGUAUUUUGCCGUAUCUAUAUCUGGGAAAUCUCCACCAUGCCAAUAACCCGCAGCUACUGACCGAGCUUGGCAUCAAACGUGUCCUGAGCAUUGGCGAACCUGUCUCAUGGAGCGACGCCGAACGCGCCGAAUGGGGCCCGGAGAAUUUGAUGUAUAUCGACAAUGUCCAAGACAACGGCAUUGACCCGCUUUGGGAAGAAAUCAAUCGUUGCUUAGAAUUCAUCGAAAAAGGAAAGCAGGACGGUUGCGCAACCUUGGUUCACUGCCGCGUCGGGGUUUCUCGAUCCGCCAGCAUUUGCAUCGCCGAAGUCAUGGCAACCAAGGGUCUCUCUUUUCCCCGAGCAUAUUGCUUUGUUCGGGCUCGGCGACUAAACGUCAUUAUCCAGCCCCAUCUUCGCUUUGUUUAUGAGCUUUUACAAUGGGAAGAGCUUCAGAUGAAGAAGCGUAACGUCCAGAUAAAGCGAGAAUUAGAAUGGUCUAGCGUUGCCCGCGAGAUUGCGCUACUUAACAAACCAUACUCGAGAAGCUGA